UCUCUCUCUCUUGAGACUUUGCCGAGGCGCCAUUUUGAAAAGCGUUUUGUUUGUGGGCUGAACCUGAAGAGAGACGAGAGGAGGAGAGGCGGCUUUCUCCUCCCACCCCUUUCGGCACGGUCGCGACGUGGUUUCUGUCAGCCGUUCGGCAAAGCGUCGAGCCGGUAUUUCUAAUAGAUGGAAGAAGGUGCUGAAGACCUAAUGGAUCAGCCUGAAUCUGCUCCAGAAAACAUACAAGUGACUGAAACAAAAAAAAGAGGCCUAAGAGGUCGGGGAAGAGGCCGAGGUGGCAGAGGCUAUACUAGAGGGAAAAUGCGAGGCAGAUCACUGAAUGGCUUUGGGCCUAUAAGACGUGGAAUGGGAAGAAUGCGCCCAUAUUCGGAUGCAAGAGGUCGAAGAGGAGUACGAGGCGGAACUCUCUUCUCACCAUCUCUGCCUAGGAGAGGAAUGAUGAGAGUGCCUUUUCUGCCACCCCCACCAUGUUUUGGGCUUCCUCCCCCACCUCCACCUCCCCCACCACCUGGACCAAUGGGCUUCAGGGGAAGACCUCCUCCCCCCAGAGGUAGAGGGAUGCCGUCAUGGCCACGAGGCCGUUUCCCACCUCCAAGCAGCUUUCCCAGUGGACCCGGUGCACCAGCCCUUCCGCCACCUGGGCGGGGCCAGAGAUGGCCUGGGCCGCCAGGUGGCAGAUACUAUUAAAGAGGCUUAUUCUUUAAAUUCAGUAACUGGGAUACAUCCUUUUUACCUUAAGACCAUUUGAAAUGGCUGGACUAAGAAUUGCCUAUAAAGCAUUAAAGAAGGCAAAGAAAACUAAUAGAGUGCUUGAUAUUCCAUAUUUUUCCAGCAGCCCUUAUGCACCAAGUUGGUAAAAGCCAUAUUUUUUUAAAAUAUCCUAAAGACCUGUGACUCCUUGGACACUUUCAAGCAUAUCCUUUUGAAGUCUGUUGUUUGUGGACAUUGGCAUCUGCACACAAAAAUGAAAAGAAACGUAUCUUAAAAAUAGGUCAAGCUUUUAACUUAAUAUUCAAUUAAGUUUUGUGUAGCUUUUUUGGAACUACAUCUUGAUCUGUUUCAGUAACAUGUAUUUGUUUGUUCUAAACCUUGUGAACUCUGGUUUCAAAUGCACUUACAUGUAAUAAUUUCAUCAAGAUGCUUCUUAUUUCAAAGGGGCAAUUAUUCUGUAUCAUGUUGGGAAAUAUAAGCAAUGCACAAAAUGUAAUGGAUAAAACAAACUGUGGGUGUUAAUUUAAGAAAAAGAAAAAAAUUAUAAAUGAACAGAAGUUUAUGGACUUUGUUUAAAUUUUUAAUUACUGUUUCUGUAACUCAGCUUGACCUUGGUGUUUUAAUUUCUAGCAUGUUAUAACUAAGUGUAUACAUGGCUAAACAUUUGACCUAUUGUAUAAUUACAACUGGUGAUGUUAUCAAAAACAUAAAAUGAAAGGCUAUAUUAAAAUCCGCAGUGUGCAUAUUGUUUUAAAUGACAGAUUUCUGUACAUUACAUAACAUAAUCACUUUAGAUUUGAUUUUGUUGUGCACUAGAAAAACUUAACAAAAAUGGAACAUGUAAAUCUUCUUUUGCUUGUUAAAAUGACAGAUAAAAUUCUGAAACAGUGCUGUUUAAUGUCAAGGAUGAUCACAGUUGGUAAAUUUACAUUCAUUAAUACGGUCUGUGUUCUUCUGUGCUGAGGGCUGAAUAGAAACUUUUUUUUACCAGUCUGGUGCAGUUUGGGACUUUUUAACUUAAGCAGUUCCUACACUGGGUCCAAAGUCUACAAGCAAAGUAAAAAAAA